AUGGAGCUGGAGGCCUCCGACGAGGCGGGCGGCGGCGGCGGGGCCGAGGCCAGUGCGGGGCCCGUCACACCUGAGGCGGCGGCGGCGGCAGGAGGCGGCGGAGGGUGGGGGUCUCCGCUGGACCCCUUAGCCGGGGGCGAAGGCAGGCAGGCAGGACUGGCUCUGAAGAAGGCUGUCCUAACCGAGGCUCCGUCGUUGACAGGACAGCCGGGCGCCGGCCAGGGAAAGAAGAUCGGCCACCGAGGGGUCGAUGCCUCCGGGGAGACGACGUACAAGAAGACCACGUCGUCCACGCUCAAGGGGGCCAUCCAACUCGGCAUUGGCUACACCGUGGGCAACCUCAGCUCCAAGCCCGAGAGGGACGUCUUGAUGCAGGAUUUCUACGUGGUGGAGAGCAUUUUCUUUCCCAGCGAAGGCAGUAACCUCACCCCCGCGCACCACUACCCUGACUUCCGGUUCAAGACGUACGCCCCCGUGGCUUUCCGGUAUUUCCGGGAGCUUUUCGGCAUCCGCCCAGACGAUUAUUUGUAUUCCUUGUGCAACGAGCCCCUGAUCGAACUGUCCAACCCCGGGGCCAGCGGUUCCCUUUUCUACGUCACCAGCGACGAUGAAUUCAUCAUCAAAACGGUGAUGCACAAAGAGGCCGAGUUCCUCCAGAAGCUUCUUCCGGGCUAUUAUAUGAACUUGAACCAGAAUCCCCGGACGCUGCUGCCCAAAUUCUACGGCCUCUACUGCGUCCAGUCCGGGGGCAAAAACAUCCGGGUCGUGGUGAUGAACAACAUCCUGCCCCGGGUGGUGAAGAUGCACCUGAAAUACGACCUCAAGGGCUCGACCUACAAGCGCCGGGCGUCCAAAAAGGAGAAGGAGAAAUCGAGCCCCACCUACAAGGACUUGGACUUCAUGCAGGACAUGCCCGAUGGCAUCCUGCUGGACACGGACACCUUCAGCGCCGUGGUCAAGACCCUGCAGAGGGACUGCUUGGUGCUCGAAAGCUUCAAAAUCAUGGACUACAGCCUCCUCCUGGGAGUCCACAACAUAGACCAGCAGGAACGGGAGCGGCAGGUGGACGGCGCCCAGAGCACGUCCGACGAGAAGCGCCCCGUGGGGCAGAAGGCCCUAUACUCCACGGCCAUGGAGUCGAUCCAGGGCGGGGCGGCCCGGGGGGAGUCCAUCGACACGGACGACACGAUGGGCGGCAUUCCGGCCGUGAACGGCAAAGGGGAACAUCUGCUCCUUCACGUCGGCAUCAUAGACAUCCUCCAGUCCUACAGGUUCAUCAAGAAGCUGGAACAUACAUGGAAGGCUCUCGUCCACGACGGGGACACGGUGUCGGUCCACAGGCCUAGCUUCUAUGCGGAGAGGUUCUUCAAGUUCAUGACCAAUACGGUGUUCAGGAAGAGUUCCUCUCUGAAAGCGUCUCCCUCGAAGAAAGGGCGGAGUGCCUUGCUGGCCAUCAAGCCUCCUGGCCCGAUGGCCGCGUUUUCGGCCAGCCAGAUCCCCUCGGAGAAGGACGAGGCCCAGUACGACCUCCGGGGGGCCAGAAGUUACCCCACGCUGGACGACGAAGGGCGGCCGGACCUGCUCCCUUGCACCCCUCCGUCUUUCGAAGAAGCGACCACCGCGUCGAUUGCAACGACGCUCUCGUCCACGUCUCUUUCCGUCCCCGAGAGAUCUCCUUCCGAGUCCUCGGAACAGCCCCGGUACAGGCGGCGCACACAAUCCUCAGGGCAGGACGGAAGGUCUCGCGAGCAGAUGCGGGCUGAGGAGGACCUGCAGCAGAUCACGGUGGAGGUGCAGCCCCAGCGCGACGUCGAGAUCGUGGUCCCCGGGGUGGCGGCUGCAGGGACGGCGACCUCGUUGGCGUGCGCCACCGUACUGUCCGCGGCGGAGGUGGAGACGGCCAGCCAGGCCUCCGAGCCCGCCAGCCAAGCUUCGGACGAGGAGGAUCUGCCGGUCCCAGAUAUCUAUUUUUUCACAGACGGAAGGUACUGGAUUUGCUCCCCUCGGCUGCACAGGCUCCGAGCGGCCUCUGAUUCCUCUGGCGACCAGCCCACAGAUGAGAGGAGCUGGGUGUACUCUCCUCUCCACUAUAACACUCAAAUCCAGUCAGUCUCCGAUGAGGAGAGUGAGACAUAACUUCUAUGCAAGCCCCCCCUCUGCCCCCCCUGAGAAGAGCGCUCCUCCUGACAGAC